CCCCCCAUUACGUCCAUUAGCCCUCUGUACCCCUUCCCUGGCCCCCUUCGGUUUCCCUGCAAAAAUAAUAAUAAUACUGUCAAUCAAGCCCGUCUUCCUGCCCAUCCUUUACCGCUACCUUACAUUUGUGCUCGAAAGAAGCCAGGGGUGUCGCUUCGAUCCUUCCCUGGCAAAUACCCGACGUUAACGAUUGGCCCCCUCGGUCUCGCAUCACCAUCCCGAACUUACAAUCACACCCGUCGCCUGGAUUUCCUCACCCAGGAAUUGGCGGUCCCAUAAAUACCCCCACGGCGUCCUUUCUGAGAGGUCACCGUUGAGUCCACAUUUUCCCGCAUUUCCGAGAGGUUGGGUUCAAGAGGCAACCAUUCUCCACGUGCAGACCGUCAUAUAUCCAUCCCUCAUCACCUCAAACCCGCUUAGAGGAUCUUUCGUCUCAACACUCCCGCAGUCACACUCCCCCUUCCUCUCUCGCCUUUAAAACUGCUACCACCACCACCACUCUUCAACACCACCACCUACCAUCUACCACCACCCAAAUUCACAUCCAUUACCACUCAUCCACGUAAUGAAUCUUCCCAGCCUUGUCCACCAGUCGCGGCACCACAACCACUACCCGCAGUCUGCUCAGAGUAAUGGACUUGAUUUCUCAGAUCACCAGUCUCCUGCUCCAUACCUACAUCGUCCACAUGAAUACGCUCACCCACCCGCGCCUCCUCCAUCACCACCAGUAGAGGAUAGCAAUAAAUGUUCUCUACCAUCGAUUUCAACACUGCUCGUAUUCGCCGAUGGAGGCCAACCAGGGGGAAAUGGAAUGGACAGAAUGGAGAGGCAACAACGGUCUCCUCAAUACCAGAGCCAGCCACUUCAUAGUUCUGGGCCUACUCUUCCUCCCACCCCUCCUAUGAGACCUGACUCAGUUUUUGAGGGUAAUAAUUCGCCCACACUGUCAUCGACAUCACCUUCAUCUUCUUACUUCUACUCCCCUACUUCAUCGCAAGGAGGGAACCGAAAUUCUUACCCUCCUGCGCAGUCAAAGUACCCGUCGCCUCCUGAGACGUCCUAUCUUCCUCAAUACUCUUAUUCACCAUCCACUCCUCAGAGCCAGCCUGCCAUGGCAUACACAUCAAAUCCUUGGCAUCACCAUCACCAUUCAUCACCCGCUUCACACGCUGCGUUUCCGCAAUCGCAAGAUCGUUACAUCUGUCCGACAUGCAACAAAGCAUUUUCGAGACCCAGUAGUCUGAGAAUACACAGUCACAGUCAUACUGGCGAGAAACCCUUCAAAUGCCCUCACCACGGAUGCGGCAAGGCUUUCAGCGUACGGAGCAACAUGAAGCGCCACGAGAGAGGUUGCCAUCAAUAAUAACAAAAAUCAAGAAAGAAUGACGACGACUACAAAAAGUCUGUUAAUAUACAAAAAAAAAAAAAAGGUGGUGCAUGAACCGGCGAACAAGAAGUUUCUGGGUAAUUUUUAAAUAUUGGAUGCUAUUUCUUGUUGUCCUUACAAUUACCAUUUUCCCCGGUCUGAGUGUUCACCGUACACCAGGAUCUUAUUCGCGGGUCGACCAGCGCGGCGAUACCCAAUCAUGCUUAGCGUUUUGUAGAUUAUUCCCUUUUGUAUCCUGUAUCCUCUACUGUUUCUCUCUGGGUCUUCACUUUUGUUUGCGGUCAUUUUCUUACUAGCAUUGCAAACUCUACGGCGCAAUCUGGGUCUGAUCUUGAAUUAUGCCAUGUGUUUAUGGCGAGUACUGAUUAUGUUGGGUCUGUUUUGGGUACCAAAGUUUAUUGUAUCAUAUGAAUAUGCUCUUAGCUUAACCGGCCGAGCAUCGGUGGAACACCUAGUUUAUAUUUCUAGUGUCAAAAAUAUAAUCAAGGGUAUCAAGGAA